UAAAGCGUAGAGCGGAGGGGUAGAGAGAGAAGCAGAGAACCCUAAUUUUUAUUUUUUUAGAGAGAGAGAGAGGCUGCAUAAGGAGGAAGAAGAAGAAGAAGAGAGACGAUGUCAGGAGUUGCGAGCCAGCCCCAGGAGGAGGACAAGAAGCCCAACGAUCAGGGUGCUCACAUCAACCUCAAAGUGAAAGGCCAGGAUGGGAACGAAGUCUUCUUUAGGAUCAAAAGAAGCACUCAACUCAAGAAGCUGAUGAAUGCCUACUGUGAUCGCCAAUCUGUUGAGCUCAACUCCAUUGCCUUCCUGUUUGACGGCCGUCGUCUGCGAGCUGAGCAGACCCCUGAUGAGCUUGAAAUGGAAGAUGGGGAUGAGAUAGAUGCUAUGUUGCACCAGACUGGAGGAGCUGCACAGCUUUGAAUAUAUGAUGUUAUGAAAGACCGACUGUGUUCUAUCAAUCUAGGUUUAUGAGGCGUUAGGAUUUUAGUCUGUAUAAGACUUUUGUUCUCUAUUUCGAGUUUGCUGGUCUUUCUAUGUCAGUAACUUAUUAAAAUUGAUGUGAUGUGGAUUUGGAAUCAUUAGAUUCAAGUGGUCUUGGAAUUCAGUUUACUGAGCUACAAAUCACUGUUGUUCCAUGCA